AUGUCUUGUAAACUAACAGUGUGUGAACUAUACCCGCUAGUCGAAGAGAUUGCGUCCUCACUGGAAGAAAUCGGUGGCAACUUCGAGGGAGACAUGAUGCUAACACCGGAACAGCAGGACGCAGUCAAGUUUGGCUACACCGCGGUCAUUGAAGAAUAUAACAAGUGGCCCAACAACAUUAUGCCAUACGUGAUCGAUAAGAACGCGUUCACGGUUAGCCAACAGAACAGCAUCGUCUCGGCUCUACAGCAAAUCGAACUGGUCAGCUGCGUUCGGUUUGUGCCUCGUACGACCGAAAAGGAUUACGUCAUGGUUCUGGGAGGUUCAGGAUGCUGGGCCACCAUGGGGCACCGCGGAGGAAAGCAGACGGUUAACCUACAACCGAGCGGCUGUAUGACACGUGGUACAAUUAUUCACGAGUUCCUGCAUGCCCUCGGCUUCGUUCACAUGCAGAGUGCAUCCGAUCGGGACUUUUACGUGGAUAUCAACUGGAAUGCCAUCCAAAAGGACAAGGAGGGUAACUUUAUCCGCCACCCCUCAAAUGCGACCGACGACUUUGGCAUUCCGUACGACUACGAUAGCGUGAUGCACUACCCGAGGACCGCCUUCUCUGCCAAUGGACAGGAUACGAUCGUUCCCAAGCAGCCGGGUGUCACAAUCGGUCAGCGUGUCGGCAUGAGCUACAAGGACAUCAAGCGCCUCAACAAGCUCUAUCCCAAAUGCUACUAA